AUGUCAGAAUCAACUCACGCUAUCGUCUUUGGCGCCUCUGGCCUGCUCGGCUGGGCGACUGUCGAGCAGCUGCUCUCUAACUACCCCUCAGAGGGCUCCUUCGAGAAUGUCACGGCUGUGAUGAACAGACCGCUGUCAGAAUCUGACUCUUUCUGGCCACCAGCGUCGCCCACCAGGCCCAAGUUACAAAUCGCUUCUGAUGUCAACCUUACUGGGACGCUGGAAGACCUGACUUCGCAGCUCAAGGGCAAAGUCGAUGGGAUCGAGGGCGUCACCCAUGUAUUCUAUUUCGUCUUCAAUCAGGGCGAUGGGGAUGAUGUUGCCGAGUGCAAGACCAAUUGUAGUAUGAUGCAGACGGUGGUCGAUGCGGUGACCACGUUGUCGACAAACCUCAAGGCAUUUGUCUACUCUGGCGGAACCAGAGGCUACGGGAUUUACACACCUGGCGGUACCUUCAAGCCCCCCUUGGAGGAAUCAAUGGCAGACAAUCUCCCCGAAGACUACGCAAAGACCGUCGCGUACCCCUGGUGGCGUAAGAUCCUCACGAAGGCGAGCGAUGGCAAGCCGUGGACCUGGUCAGAAGUAUGCCCAGACGCGGUAGUUGGAUUCUCCCCGAAUGGAUCCGGUUUCUCGUUGGCACUCCACUGGGCGCAGUACCUAUCCCUCUACGCCUAUAAUCACGGAGUGAGCAAGAACUCCAAGUCCAAUGUUGAAGUUUCAUUCCCUGGAAACCAGGCGGGGUACAACAGCCUUUGCACUCCCGUCUCUUCUCGGAUUCUUGGUCGCAUCGCCAUACACGCCUCACUUCAUGGGGACAGGUGCGGUACAAAGGUCAUCAACAUGGCCGACAAAGAGCAGCCUACCAAGUUUAGUGACCUAUGGCCAUCGAUCGCUGAUUGGUUCGGACUGGUUGGCGUUGGACCGAGGGAAAACGACAAUGCAGAGAAGCCUGGGGAGUAUGUCAAGAAACAUAGGCAGAUAUUCGAAGAACAGGGCUGUGGUAGAGCUGUCACUGCUGGCGUUGGGGGUGGAAGUGUCCAGCUUGACAGCGUUGGGUACUGGUUGUCUUUCGAUCGACAGCUUAGCUUGCAGAGGUUGAGGUCUGUGGGAUUCACCGAGGAGAGAGAUCCUGUUCAGGGCUGGCUGGAGGCGUUUGAGAAGUUUAGAGAGGCGAGCAUCAUCCUCUGA